GGAAAGCGAGUACGGGUGGUUGAUUAAACAAAUGGCGCUAAUGGCGUGGAGGAUACGUGCUUUUGAGGCAAAAACAGAGCAGGGGAUGGCAUUCAUCAAAGGAAAGGGAAACCAAGAACGCCAUCUUGUCCCCGUCUCCCUCCUCCAAUUUGGAAUCAUUUAAGUCCCCCCACCUAAUACAAAACACGAGAAUAGUUCGUCAUUAUUGCGAGCUCCCUCGUCUCCUUCCCCCCUUCUCUCUGAUUCCUACAACGCCAGCGGCGCAACCAUUGCUCGCGGAAUGCCGUAGCAGAAAGCGAUUGCACGGCUGUAGAAUCUCUCUCCGUCGAUCCGUGCCUGCGCUGCGAGAGGAUCGUUUCAAUGCAGGGGGGCCGGAAGAUGAAGAGCACCAGGGAGAUGGCCGCUCCGGAGCAGCAGCCCAGCCCGAAAGGCCAAGCAUGGUUCUGCACCACGGGGUUGCCCAGCGACGUCGUGAUCGAGGUCGGCGACAUGACCUUCCAUCUCCACAAGUUCCCGCUAAUGUCGAAGAGCAAGAAGAUUCACGACCUCAUCACGAACCGGGAAUCAAGCCAGGUCGCCAAACAGGAAGGAGGGGAGCAGCAAGCAUCAGAGGAAGGGGGAUCCGAAACAGGGGAGAUCAGGGAGGAGGAAAUCGUGCUGGAGGUGGACGAGGAGUCCGCCGACGCGCACCGCAUCCGGCUCCCGGACUUACCGGGCGGCGCGGAGGCGUUCGAGCUGGCCGCCAAGUUCUGCUACGGCGUCAAGCUCGACCUCACCCCGGCCACCGCCGCGCCGCUUCGCUGCGCCGCCGAGCGGCUCGGCAUGACCGACGACCACUGCGAAGACAACCUCGCCUCCCGCGCCGACCGCUUCGUCUCCAGCGCCGUCCUCCGAAGCCCCCGGGACGCGAUUCGCGCUCUCAAAUCCUGCGAGGGCCCUCUCCUCUUCCCCAUCGCCGACGGGCUCGGGCUCGUAUCCCGCUGCGUCGAUGCCGUCGCCGCCAAGGCCGCCGCGGCCACGCCCACCGCGCUCUUCGGCUGGCCUGUCGCCGCUGACGCUGCCGGAGCCGGAGUCGGGGACCGUCCUCCCCCACGCCGCAAGAACAAUGCCGCCGUGCCGUCCACCUUGUUCGACGACCUGGCCGGCUUGUCCCUGGUCACCUUCACCCGCGUCAUUUCCGCCAUGAAGGAGCGGGGCGUCGGGCCAGAGGUCAUCGAGGGCGCUCUCAUCGCCUACGCCAAGCGGUCCAUCCCCGGGCUAGCACGCUCCGACCGACAUGUCGCCGGCGCCGCCGCCGCUGCCGCAGCCGCCGCUCCGCGGUCGGCGGAUGGCGACCAGAAGGCGCUUCUCGAGACGGUCAUCGCCAACCUCCCCGAGGAGACCAUCAAGAGCAGCGCGCAGACAGGCACGGCCGUGGGCGCCACCACCGCGCGCGUGCUCUUCGGCCUCCUGCGCACGGCGAACAUCCUCCAGGCGUCGGGGGCAUCCCGCGACGUGCUGGAGCGGCGCGUGGCCUCGCGGCUCCCCGACGCGGCCGUCGACGACCUGCUCGUCCCGAGCUACUCGUACCUCGUGGAGACGCUCUACGACGUGGACUGCGUCGAGCGCAUCGUGCGGCACUUCCUCGAAGGCCGAGAUGGGAUCGCUGAGGAGGAAGACGAGGAAGGCAGCGAGGCGGAGACGCCGGGCAGAGCGGGCAGCAGACGAGCCAUGCUGGCCGUAGGGAGGCUCAUGGAUGCCUACUUGGGGGAGAUCGCCACGGACGCCAACCUGAAGCCGGACAAGUUCUGUGAUCUCGCCUGGGCGUUGCCGGACUGCGCCCGCGUCUACGACGACGGCCUUUACCGUGCCGUCGACAUCUAUAUCAAGGCUCAUCCGGCGCUCAGGGAAGAGGAGAAGGAGAAGGUGAGCGGCGUGGUGGACGGCCGCAAGCUGACGCUGGAGGCGUGCACGCACGCGGCGCAGAAUGAACGGCUGCCCCUGCGGACCGUCGUGCAGGUGCUCUUCUUUGAGCAGCUCCAGCUGCGUCGGGCCAUUGCGCAGACGAUCGUGGCGAACGAAGGCGGCGCGGCAGGCCAAGGAGGGGAAGACGUCGACAGCGAUGGCGGUCGAACGUGGCGGGUGGCGACGAGGGGAAACCAAAUGCUCAGGCUUGACAUGGACAGCAUGCGGAACCGGGUGCAGGAGCUUGAGCGCGAGUGCACGACCAUGAGGAAGGCCAUCCAGAAGAUGGACCGCCGAGGCGGCGCUCCGGUGGAUAGAGGAGCAGCGCCAGCUGCAGAGGGGAGGUGGGGUUCAAUGGUGACGAAGCGAUUCGGAUGCAAGUUCCCGGCACAGGUCUGCCAGUCACAGCCGCGUUCCGUGGUGGCACGGUCUCGCCGGCCACGGAUAGAACAGAGCCCCUGAAUCCUUCUCCGCUGCACAUCAUAGCUUGGGCCAUCUUGUUUUGUUCUCUUGAUUCUUUUCUUCGAUUUGUGAAAAGUGAGGGGUUUAGCUAGGAGGCAUUGUGAGUUUUACCAUGUUUGUUCAAUCCAAUUUCGUUUUAGCAUUGCACAA